AUGGCUGAACCAUCACUGGAGAAAGGAAAAGGAAAGGGAAUUGAGAGUGAGGCAAAGCCACAGAAGAUUCGCUUUACUUUGACAUCCACAAAACUACAAGUACUCGAAAGCAUGACAGCCAUUAACAUUAAUUAGUAGAUUAGGGCUCUUCCUCCUUUUAAGUCUUACCCGAGAUGCUGCUAGCGAACCUCACUGGGUAAGCAUUUCCACCAGAGAUUAUUCUCCUCCGGCUUUCGGCCUGAUUCUUAAUGCUGUCUCAGAAUCUUGGAGUAUGCAGGUUUGGGACUUGACAGCUGCUGCUUGAGUGAUUAGAGUUCCAGCUAGGAAUAACUCCAUAACUAGUAUCGGUGCCAACUAUACCUUCGUCAUCACUAGUGGUGUCUAAGGUAAAACACCUUUUUUCCUUAAUGUCCAUCGGGAAGAUACAAAGUCUUCAUUACAUACGAAAGAGGCAAGCAUAACCGGAACAUAAAUGCCCAUACCCGUAGACUCCCAUUUUCUGUUAGGUUUGGCUUCAGGGCGCAGCAAGGUCCCCAAAAUUCGAAACAGGUCUGGGAGAGGACGGGCCGGCGACGUCGCCAUUUUAUUUGUGUGUGAAAUCAUGACAACCAAAUUGAUAACAUCAGCGAAAAAGGAAAAUCUGAAGACCUAUGGACCUGUAAGACUCCCCACCAAGAUAUUGAGGAUUACUGUCAGAAAAAGUCCUUGCGGGAAUGGAACAUCUACUUUUGAUAGACUUGAAAUGAGAAUACAUAAAAGAGUUGUGACAUUAAUCUGCCCGACUGAUUUCAUUAAGAAGGUCACUGAUUUCAAUAUUGAUCCUGGUGUAGAGGUCGAACUUCACUUUACAGAAUUCUAACUCCUCACUCCAUGAACGGUCAAUACCAUUGGAAAAAUACUUCUUUUCAGAAAAAAAAACUAUCCUUCACUAGAAGCCUUUUUUAUUAAUAUUUUUGAAAUAUAAGUAACUGUGAUUAUAACGAGAUCUAUGGCUUAUUGAAUUAAAUCUUAGCAGCUUGCAUAUUAAGAUACUAAUUUUAUAGGCUUUUCUAGGUUUUACCUAUUUAGAAUUUUUUAAAAACCAUAAAAAAGCUUACCAAACCUAAAAAUUAGUGCAUGCUCACCUAGAGGGUAGUAA